CCUGGAUAUUUCAAUUUAACAUCCGGAAGUGGCUGCCAAGAAUGUAAUUGUGAUAUCCUUGGUAGUGUUAAUAGCACUUGUGAUGUGUUAACCGGGCAAUGCUUGUGUAAACCAGGUGUGAUGGGACGCAGAUGUGAUCGAUGUGAACCACAGCAUUAUGGUUUCGGGAUAGAUGGUUGUCAACCAUGUGAUUGUGAAGCUAUUGGAUCCGAAUCACCACAGUGUGAUGUUAUUACUGGUCAAUGUUUAUGUCGUGAUCAUAUCGAAGGACGACGUUGUGAUCAUUGCAUUGAAAAUCGUUACAAUCUUCUGGCUGGUUGUUUACCGUGUGAUGAUUGCUACGCAUUGACGCAACGUCGAGUGCACACAUUUAGGAAGGAAAUUGAUAUGUUGGAAGAUACUCUGAAAGAAAUUGUCGAAAAUCCUGCGCCGGUUGACGAUGUGGAAUUCGAUAAUUAUGUCAAAGCUGUCAGUACUGAAAUAGAGGAUUUAGCUGGUGUUGUAAACAAAAAAUUAGCUGGUGGUGAUUCGCAGAUUGUAGGACAGGUAAAUUUGGUUAGGAGCGAUUUGGAGAAUGCACUGAAACUGUUAAAUUCGGUUGAUGAUGUCAUCAGUAAAGCAGAUAACAAGGCAACUAUAAUAAAUGAAACAUUGAAGCAGUGGAGUUUAAUUAAAGAACGAGCACGAAGUGAUUUAGAAAAUGCACUCUAUUAUUUGGAAACUGAAGGACAAACACAAUGGGAAUUGGCACAAGAAGCAUCCAAGAAAUAUGGCGAACAAAGUCAGCAGUUAUCAGAAAUAGCGCAAGAGGCAAGAAAAUUAGCUGAACAGCAAGAAAAUCGUAGUAUCGAAAUUGAAGCGUUGGCUGAGAAAAUUGCAAAUUCUUCUAAACAGGCGCUUGUUGAAGCGAAAGAAGUGAUCUUUGGAGGUGAUGCUACUAGCAAAGAAAUUGCCAUUAUGUUGGAGCGUUUAAAUGCAACUGAAAAACUGUUGAAUCAAACACGUAAACUAGCUGAGGAACAAUUAAUGGAAGCGGAUCGUGCAUACAAAACAGCUGCAGAAAGUUUGACAGCUGUUGAGGGUUUACGAUUACCAAACAUUGAUCCACAACAAAUUGAAGAAGAAGCUAAGCGAGUCGCAGAUGAUGCUCAAGCAACAGCUGAUAAUGCUAAGGAACAAGCAGCCGCUAACAAACAAUUAAUAGAUGAAGCAGUACGAAUAAUUGAUGAAGCAAAAUAUGAAUUACAAAGGGUUCAGGAUCAACAAAAAGUUUCGGAUGAAUUAUUGGCUGACGUAGAUGCUUCAAAGGCUCGUGCUAUGGAAGCCAUUUCGCUUGCAGAAAGUACACUAGCAGAAGCCCAACAUACGCUAGAAAUACUGAAUGAUUUUCAACAGCGAGUGGAUGCAAGUAAAUCAGAAGCAAUUGAAGAGUUGAGAAAUCUAAAAGAGAUUGAGAAAGAAAUCGCUUUAGCUGAGAAUACAACUC